AUGGCGGCCCCUGUGGUCGAGGCUUCUCGAGCUGUUCUCCCCGAGGCUCUCAAGCCAGGCCCACCCCGGCAGAAAUCUCAAGCCAUGGAAUCCGUCGAGGACAUCCUCUAUGGUUCGAUCGCCGGCAUAAUCGGAAAGUACAUCGAAUACCCCUUCGACACGGUCAAGGUCAGGCUGCAAUCGCAGCCCGACCACCUCCCACUACGAUACACGGGACCCUUGGACUGUUUCCGCCAGUCCCUCAAACAAGACGGAUUUUCAGGACUAUACCGGGGCAUAAGCGCGCCCUUGGUGGGCGCAGCACUCGAAACGAGCAGCCUGUUCUUCUUCGAGCGGCUGGGAAGAGAGACCGUGUACAAGUCGGGGCUGUGCGCGAAGGACCAGGCCCUCCCGCUGCCAGCGCUCUGGUUUACUGGCGCUUUCUCCGGUGCCUUCACCUCCUUCGUCUUGACACCAAUUGAGCUUGUCAAGUGCAAGAUCCAGGUGCCCGCAACGGCGAGCUCGGAUGGCAUGGUACACAAAGCACCGAGCGUUCCCUCCGUGAUACGGGACGUGUACAAGCAUGAAGGAGUCAUCGGUUUCUGGCACGGCCAGAUGGGAACAUUCCUCCGAGAGGCCGGUGGGUGCGCCGCCUGGUUCGGGUUCAAAGAAACUACAACCAAGCUGUUCUACGUUUGGAACGAGCGCGGAAUCCACACACAGGCCGAGAAAGAUGCGCUGCGCACAGAGGCCCUUCCGCUCUGGCAGCAGGCCGUUGCCGGCGCCUCGGCAGGCAUGUCGUACAACUUCCUCUUCUUCCCUGCCGACACGAUCAAAUCCAGGAUGCAGACCACGGCCGUCGGAGGGACGGCGAAGAAGAACACUUUCUUCCAGGAGGGGGCCGCGCUGUGGCAUCAGCAUGGCCUACGAGGAAUGUACCGCGGAUGUGGCAUAACCGUCCUCCGGUCCGCACCAAGCUCAGCGUUUAUUUUCAUGAUAUAUGAUGGACUGAAGCGACAUUUGCCGCUCUGA